UCGCACGCCCGACUUGCUCCGUUAAAAAUCUUGGCCCGCGAGCCAGCUUGGGGAGCUCACAGCUGGUCCACCUGGCUUCUUUUUUUCCUUUUUGCUUUCUUUUCUUGUAUGGUACCGGAUGGAAAAGUACACUAUGGGCUUGAGAAUCAGCCUCAUAUCUCGCUUUGCACCCUGCUCUAUGCCGUCUAGCUUGCUUCGUUGCAAGUACGGAAUGGCUCUUACUACGAUGGCCCCCCUGGUUUUCGCGAGAGCCGCUUUAGCCUUGUAUGAAGACGGGCUCGACGAGCUGGGGAUGUGUCGGGGAACGAAUCACCUUGGACUUUGCUUUCUUUCUUUUCUUGAGGCGUUGGAAGGAUGGAUACCUAAUGCACACCCCUCUUGUACGAGGUCUCCAUGGGGGUCAGGAAGACGACGGAGGAGGAAGUUCGGCUCGAGUGGAGGAGCCACAUGUUUGUCAGCUAGGUAGCUAGUCAUAACGAUGACGAACGAUCAACUAUUGGAGAGCACUUGAAUGGCUUGCUUGGCGUAGUCCUUAAACAUGG